AUGUCUCUGCAGGAGCGAUUCCAGCAUCCUGCGCCAGCUCGACUGACACGAAACUCGCUGAACAUUCCCAUGGCUGUUCCACUAUAUCCUUGUAAUCCACUUCGACAUUCGUUUCGGGCAACUUGCUCAUCUCAAGAUCUCUCAGGAUCGGAGCGACGAAGGUUCAAAGGGUGUGACAUCUGUUGUUCCGGCACCCCCUGCUUGGAUGUGUCAGGGAUGCUCUAA